UGCUCGGUAUUGUUAUCGCUGCGCUUCGGCGGAGGGCUGUGCGUGCAGGGGGAGGGGUGGAGGGAGGGAGGGAGGAGAAGAAAGAGGGAGAGAGAAAGUGAAGGGGGAGAGAGAGGGAGCAUGCAGCAGGGCUGGGGCCGGAGCAGCGGCGGUGCUGGCACGCCCGGGCUCAGGCGCUGAGCUCGGCGGGGAGGAGAGAGGCGGGCACGAUCCAGGCGGGGGCACGGAGCCGGGCACAGCCGCCGCACCGGCCUCCUCGCAGCAGCAGCAGCGACUACUUCUUUCUUAUCUCCCAGCCUUUUGUUUGCCCAUCCUCCUCCUCCUCCCUGCCCACCCUCUGCACAGCGGGGAGAGAAAAGCAGCCUGACCCAGGGCUGAGUUUCACCCACCCUCCGCCUCCUCUCCCUCUCUCUCUCCAUCUCUCCCCCCCGCCGCAUCGCUGCCCAUGAGCUAGGGCGGCAGGCGGCAGCUCAGCGCCGCGGCAGCCGGCUCGGGCAGGCAGGCAGGCAGGCGGGGACACAGAGCCGGUGCCCGACCGUCCCCGCUGCACCCCUCGCCCCGCUCCGCCGGGCUCCAGCCGCGCUCCCGGGACUGCCGGGGGCCGCCCUGCCGCCGCCGCCCCUCGUCGCCUCCAUGUGCCGGGCAGCGGGAGCGCCGCCGCGGAUCCUGCCGCCGCUGGCGCUGCUGCUGCUGGCGGCCCUGCAGCAGGUAAGCGCGGCCGGGCUGCGGCUUCUUUGUUCCCCGCCGGGGACCGGGGGGGAGCGGGGAGAGGCGGCGGGGGGGCAAGAAGAAGGCGGCAGCCGCGGUGCCGGACACCUGCUCGGGGGCAGCUGCGGGGAGAGGGGAGGGGGUCCGCAGGGUGCCCCCAUCGGUUUGGGGACAGCAGGCAUCAAUUUUUGUGAAAAUUUAGUCAACUGGCUGAUGACUGCUGAUACAGAAGGCAUGUACAGAUACACAAAGGGAUUUGUCAGCCUCAACCAGUUAAAUAAGCUUGAUGCAGUAAGUGUAAAGAGUGGCAAGACAAAUGGACCAAAGUUAAGAGAGAUAGUAGUUUCAAUGCUGCAUUAUGACUUAGAUCUGAUUCAGAAACCCCUAACAGCUGAUGAUACCAUCAGAUACAACCCCUGCACACUAUUUGCAAAUAACCAUCGGUAUCACAUCUGUACCACAAGAGAUACAGAUGCAGAGACAAGGCCAGAGUCCUUGCAGCAUAAUAGAAAACUAGUGAUGAAAAAGCAUUUUCAAGGACAGCAUCUACUUAACGUGAGGUUUCAAAGCUGUGAUGGAAACAAAAAAAUACACUUUGGAAGCAGUGAGCCAGAAGAUUUUAGAAUAGAUGAAGACGGUGUGGUAUACGCAGAGAGAAGCUUUCAACUUUCAGCAGAGCCCACAGAGUUUGUAGUGUCUGCUCAAGACAAGGAAACCCAGGAAGAAUGGCAAAUGAGGGUGAAGCUAACCCCUGAGCCAGCAUUCACAGGGGCCUCAGAAAAGGACCAAAAGAAAAUUGAAGACAUCAUAUUUCCAUGGCAACAAUAUAAGCACAGCAGCCAUCUGAAGAGACAGAAGAGAGACUGGGUUAUCCCUCCAAUCAACCUACCAGAAAAUUCCAGAGGACCCUUUCCUCAAGAAUUAGUUAGGAUUAGGUCUGAUCGUGAUAAAAGCCUUUCGCUACGGUACAGCGUGACUGGCCCAGGAGCUGACCAGCCUCCAACAGGAAUCUUCAUCAUCAACCCCAUCUCAGGACAGCUGUCUGUGACAAAACCUUUAGAUCGUGAGCAGAUUGCUUCUUUUCAUCUGAGAGCACAUGCAGUGGAUGUGAAUGGAAACCAAGUGGAAAAUCCCAUUGACAUUGUCAUUAAUGUCAUUGAUAUGAAUGACAAUAGACCUGAGUUUUUGCACCAGGUUUGGAAUGGGACAGUCCCUGAAGGGUCAAAGCCAGGAACCUACGUGAUGACUGUUACUGCCAUCGAUGCCGACGAUCCCAAUGCACAGAAUGGGAUGCUGAGAUACAGGAUCUUGUCACAGGCCCCAAGCAGUCCCUCUCCCAACAUGUUUACAAUCAACAAUGAGACUGGUGACAUUAUCACAGUAGCAGCUGGGCUUGACAGAGAGAAAGUACAACAAUAUACAUUAAUAAUUCAAGCUACGGACAUGGAAGGAAACCCAACAUAUGGUCUUUCAAACACAGCAACUGCUGUCAUCACUGUGACAGAUGUCAAUGACAAUCCUCCAGAGUUCACUGCUAUGACUUUCUACGGCGAAGUACCAGAAAACAGAGUGGAUGUUAUAGUAGCUAACCUAACGGUAACAGAUAAAGAUCAGCCGCACACGCCUGCAUGGAAUGCAAUGUACCGAAUGACCGGAGGAGACCCGACAGGUCGAUUUACUAUCCUGACUGAUCCAAAUAGCAAUGAUGGGUUGGUAACUGUUGUGAAGCCUAUUGACUUUGAGACCAACAGAAUGUUCGUACUUACUGUAGCUGCGGAAAAUCAAGUGCCUUUGGCUAAGGGGAUUCAGCAUCCUCCUCAGUCAACAGCAACUGUGUCCAUUACGGUCAUUGAUGUGAAUGAGAGUCCAUAUUUUGUUCCAAACCCCAAGCUUGUACGUCAAGAAGAAGGGCUGCUUGCCGGUAGCAUGUUGACAACUUUCACAGCUCAGGAUCCAGAUCGUUACAUGCAGCAAACCUCUCUAAGGUACUCAAAACUUUCAGAUCCUGCAAAUUGGCUGAAAAUAGACCCCAUCAAUGGACAGAUAACUACUACAGCUGUUUUGGACAGAGAAUCAAUAUAUGUGCAAAACAAUAUGUAUAAUGCAACUUUUCUUGCCUCUGAUAAUGGAAUUCCUCCUAUGAGUGGAACUGGAACACUUCAAAUAUAUUUGCUGGACAUCAAUGAUAAUGCUCCCCAAGUGAACCCAAAAGAAGCCACGACAUGUGAAACGCUGCAGCCUAAUGCUAUUAACAUCACUGCUGUAGACCCUGACAUUGAUCCAAAUGCAGGCCCAUUUGCCUUUGAGCUGCCUGAUACACCUCCUAGUAUUAAGAGGAAUUGGACCAUUGUUCGAAUUAGUGGUGAUCAUGCCCAGCUCUCUUUAAGGAUCAGGUUUCUGGAGGCUGGUAUCUAUGAUGUGCCCAUAGUAAUUACAGAUUCUGGAAAUCCACAUGCAUCUAGCACUUCUGUGCUGAAAGUGAAAGUUUGCCAAUGCGACAUAAAUGGGGACUGUACUGACGUUGACCGGAUUGUUGGCGCAGGACUGGGCACUGGUGCCAUCAUUGCAAUUCUGCUCUGUAUCAUCAUCUUGCUCAUUUUAGUUUUAAUGUUCGUGGUAUGGAUGAAGCGCCGUGAUAAGGAACGCCAGGCCAAACAGCUCCUGAUUGAUCCAGAAGAUGAUGUGAGGGACAACAUUCUGAAAUAUGAUGAAGAAGGUGGUGGUGAAGAAGAUCAGGAUUAUGAUUUGAGCCAGCUCCAACAGCCUGACACUGUGGAACCAGAUGCCAUCAAACCUGUUGGAAUCAGACGUCUUGAUGAAAGGCCAAUCCAUGCAGAACCUCAGUAUCCAGUCAGAUCAGCUGCUCCUCAUCCUGGGGACAUUGGGGACUUCAUUAAUGAGGGACUUAAAGCAGCCGACAAUGACCCUACAGCCCCACCGUAUGACUCCCUCUUAGUCUUUGACUAUGAAGGAAGCGGCUCCACUGCUGGAUCCUUGAGCUCUCUUAACUCCUCAAGUAGUGGUGGUGAGCAAGACUAUGACUACCUAAAUGACUGGGGCCCACGUUUCAAGAAACUUGCUGAUAUGUACGGUGGAGGUGAUGACUGAACUUCAAAGUGAACUUUGUUUUUGGACAAGUACAAACAUUUCAACUGAUAUUCCCUAAAAGCAUACAGAAGCUAGGCUUUAACUUUGUAGUCUACUAGCACAAGUGCUUGCUGAAGGCUUUGGCAUAGGCUGCAAACCAAUUUGGGCUCCGUGGAAUAUCAGUGAUCCAAUGCUGUUUGGAAAAAAAUAUUGAGCUCAGUUACACUUGAAUUUUACAGUACAGAAGCACUGGGAUUUUAUGUGCCUUUUUGUACCUUUUUCAGAUCGGAAUUAGUUUUAUGUUUAAGGCUUUAAUGGUACUGAUUUAUGAAAUGAUGCAUUAAAGAGACAAAAUAUGUUGGGGUGGGGAGGAGUAAGGUGAAUCACAAUGUGCUUCAACAUGCUUUUGUUACAUCGCAUUGCUUUUAUUAAAAUAAGGAGAUUAAAACUUAAAAAAAAAAUCCUCGUGGAACAAUUUUAUUAUUUGGGAGAGAAGACCAUGAGGUGGAACAAUGUACAUUACUUCUAGUUUUAGAUGUUAGGGGAUUUUUUUCACUAAAAUUCUAAAACUUAUGCAGCUGGUUGCAAAUAAAGGGAGUUUUCAUAUCACCAGUUUGUAGCAGAAUUGAUUUUCUUUUCCUUACGCUAGAAUGUUAGACACAUCUCGGUCUUAAUCCAUGUACACUUUUUUCUUUUUUUUUAAUUUCUAGUACUUUUUCCCACUUCACUGUAAAAAUGGUAUGUGUACAUAAUGUUUUAUUGGCAUAGUCUGUGGAGAAGUGCAGAAACUUCAGAACACGUGUAUGUAUUAUUUGGACUAUGGAUUCAGGUUUUUGCAUGUUUAUAUCUUUCGUUAUGGAUAAAGUAUUUACAUAACAGGUUGCAAACAAGUGACAUUGAUUCAAUUGUUGAACUGUAGUUAGAGUACUCAAUAUUUUUUUUAUUUUUAUUUUUAUUAUUUUUUUUUGUUUGGGGAGGGAGAAAAGUUCUUAGCACAAAAGUUUUACAUAAUUUGUACCAAAAAAGGGGGGGGAGGGAAGUUGGCCUAAUACUGGUGGCACGAGUAAAUAUACAGUAUGUUUUGGGGGUGGGGAGGGAAGGGGGAAGGAGCUUUCAAACUGGAGAGACUUCUGAGAACAGCUUUGCCUCUGUAUUGUGUACCAGAAUAUGAAUGAUACACCUCUGACCCCAACGUUCUGAAUAAAAUGCUAAUUUUGGAUCUGG